UCCCUCAGCACUAAUCAAAAGAGAGUGAUUACAGACCGAAGUAAAAGCAGCAGCCUCUUUUCUGUUUUGUGCAUUAUUCUGGACCGAUAAUUUCUGCUGACGAAGACGUUUUUUUCCCUUCUUUGUGAAGUGAUUCUCCGUAUUGGAAGUGAAAUUUUUAUUGCAACAAAAAUCGGAAUAACAUCCCCCCAGUUGUUUUGUUUUAUAGUUAGUGCAGUUGAAGGACUGGUCUCAAAACAAAAAAAAUCCCGAGAGCUUGAACCUCCGCACGGAAAACGCAGCAACAUGAUGGACGGUACGAUUGAAGAAAACGGGAACGGAACUCCGCUGACCGGAAGCCCGGACGAUGCGUUGACGACACCGCCCCCGCAGAAGAAUGGUCCUACGGAACAAACGACGACGACUACGACGCAACAGUCGCAGGGCAACAACAAUAAACCAGAUGCCGCGGCACUCCCACCCAAUUCGCUGCUGGUGGACAUAUCGGACGCCUUGAGCGAGAAAGAGCGCGUCAAAUUCACCGUCCACACGCGGACUAACCUGCCUGGAUUCGCCAAAUCUGACUUUCUGGUGGUGCGACAGCAUGAGGAAUUCGUCUGGCUGCACGAUCGGUUCGAGGAGAACGAAGAAUAUGCCGGGUACAUCAUUCCGCCGUGUCCACCGCGACCGGAUUUUGACGCUUCCAGGGAAAAGCUACAGCGCCUAGGGGAAGGGGAGGGAAACAUGACAAAGGAGGAAUUCAAGAAAAUGAAACAAGAACUAGAGGCGGAAUACUUGGCCACCUUCAAAAAGACGGUGGCCAUGCAUGAAGUAUUUCUUACCCGCUUGGCAUCGCAUCCGGUUUUUCGGAAUGAUGCCCAUCUGAAAGUGUUUCUCGAGUUUGACCAAGAUCUGUGCGCAAAACUGAAGAAAAAGAUUGACGUCUUCGGUGGGCUGAUGCGAAGCAUAGGCAAAACCACGGAGGAAAUCUACAUGGGUGCGACGGUGAAGGAUGUGAAUGAUUUCUUCGAACACGAACUGCAGUUUCUGGGAGAAUAUCAUGCGCACCUGAAGGAGGCCGCUACCCGAACGGAGAAGAUGACCCACAAACACAAGGAAGUAGCCGAUUCACAUAUUCGAAUCUCAGGAGCACUUAUGGCUCUUUCGACGGCGGAUCACGGUUCAAUGGAGCGGUUUCUGGCCAAGUCGGCCGAUAUUUUCGAAAAGAUCAGGAACAUGGAGGGUCGCGUGUCUAGUGACCAGGACCUAAAAUUGGGCGACACUUUGCGGUACUACCAGCGGGACAGCAACGCAGCCAAGGCCUUGCUAAUCCGACGCCUUCGCUGUUUGACGGCGUACGAAGCCGCCAAUCGGAAUCUCGAAAAGGCCCGAGCCAAGAACAAGGAUGUCCACGCGGCGGAAGCUGCACAGACGCAAGCAUGCGAGAAAUUCGAAUCAAUGUCUGCACGUGGCAAAGAGGAAUUGGUCAGUUUCCGACUACGCCGGGUUGCUGCAUUUAAGAAGAGCCUUAUCGAACUGGCCGAACUGGAGAUGAAACAUGCCAAAACGCAGUAUGAAUACCUACGGCAGUCUUUACUUGCUCUGCAAGAGAUUGCCUAAACCUGCAUCAGCCGGAAUGGUAUAAUGAUAAUGUGUUAACAACAUGAUGCGGCACUUUAAACCAGAAACAAUACAUGGUGGGCCCUAAUGAGCGUGAGUAAAAAUGCAUUACUUUCACAUGGUCGGUUAGAAUUUAAAAUUCGUAUGUGUGUGCGCGUGCGAACCUUUUGGUGCAAAACCACAGACACACGCAAACAUAUAUUUACUGCAUGUGCCCAGAUUCCGCGUAGUGAAUGAAAAGAACCAUAAUCGUCCGGUGAUAACAAUAACUUGAAACUGAAAAGAAGGGCGAUUCGAUUAAGUAAGGACAACAAUCAGUGGCUUUUAGGCGUGCUCCUGCACGGGUGGUGAUAACUUGAACAGAUUCACAACACAUCGGACAGCAUGUCCGUCUGGAUUUGACUUGAGUAAGAAUGAACGUCGUAUCUUUAUUGUAUCUUUCUUAAAUACUAGUUUACAAUUGUCUUCUUGCGUUCAGGUACGUGACCCAAACACGUGAGUAGGUAAAAUAAUAAUAUAACGGUGUGGUGUCUGACAUUGGAAGUGUGCUUAAGGUUAAGGCGUUUAUUGUUGAUGUUUAUAAUGUGAUGUUUUGGGCAAAACCCGUUAGUGGGUUUGUUUUAGGUAAAACCGUAAAGAGUACUUUUCGUAGACAAAUGACAAUGACAAGAUAAUGGUAGCUAAUUAGGUAUUCGAUAAUUUAUGCUAAUGGGUUUAUCCUUAUUGCUGAUUGUUGGAUUUUCCUGACAUGAUAUGCUAGUAUGCUACAC